CGAGCCGAGCAUAAAACACGGAGAGAGGAGAUGGAACGAGGAGAUCCCCAACUCUGAAGUCACUAGUUAAUGGCGAUCCGCUGACUGGUCCAACCAAUCCGACCGCUUUUCUCCCCGCAGUUUCUCUUCUCCUCUUCUCUCUUCCUCUUUUCUUCCCUCUCAGCCUGUGUCAAUUUCAUUUGAUUUCUUUCUUAUCCCUUGAUAUUUUCUUCUACUCUCCACUCUUCAUCUAUCCUCUCAACAUGGGUUCUGAAAACCCCUCCAAUCCCCUCUGGACCACUCAGUCCGUCCUGAGCACCCUCCCCCACCCCCCGGAGGAGAACUCCGCGUCGCCGAUCCCCUUCUUCCACCUCCUCGAGCGUCUCAAGACCACCAAGCGUGAAGGCUGGCGCCGGUUCGGCAUCAACUCUGGCGAAUCCAUCUCCGACCACAUGUACCGCAUGUCGGUGAUGACCAUGUUCGCACCGCCCUCGCUGGCCUCCCGCCUCAACCUACCACACUGCAUGAAGAUGGCCUUGGUCCACGAUAUGGCCGAGUCUCUUGUCGGCGACAUCACCCCCGUGGACAAGGUCGACAAGCCCGAGAAGGCGCGUCGCGAGGCCGCAGUCAUGGAUUACAUUGCCAACAACCUCCUGGGCGGCGUGCCGGGUGGCAUGCUGACGGGUCAGGAGAUCCUGAAGGUGUUCAACGAGUACGAGGCCAAUGAGACGCUGGAGGCGCAGUUCGUUCAUGAUGUCGACAAGAUGGAGCUGCUGCUGCAGAUGGUGGAGUACGAGCGUGCCAACGGCAUCGAUCUGACCGAGUUUUGCCACGUCGCGAGCAAGGUCCAACUCCCGGAGACGAAGGAGUGGGCGGCGACGGUGUUGCAGGAGCGGGAGGCAUUCUGGAAGAGCAAGACUGCAUGAUGUGAUACACAUACAUAUAUGGCGUUAUGUUUAUAACUGUGGAUGUGGACAUGGAUGGACGAACGGAUAUGUUUUCGGAUGCUGCGUGCGGCGUUAGGCUGUGUUAAUUCUCUAGACUAGCAAUAGACAUCAUACAUACCUUCUAUACUAC